AUGACGGGCUAUUCGAGCGCUGGCAAAAUCGCGAUCCAAUCCCGCACUCUCAGUAUUUUAUGCGCAUACAUGACGGGUUCACGGUUCGGCCGUGUGACCUCGACGUCGCAUCGGGCAUCCGGGCAUUGUCGCACGGAACCCUCGUCUAAGAGUACGCCUCCGACGUCAUGUUAUACGGAUGCCCGCGCCUCCAACGGUACCGACAAGUCGCGCGCUGAUGUAAUUGGGCACGCACACUGGGUCGGCAAGUCACGAUCAACGACCGCUGCGGCAGCCCCUGGGCCGCCGAGUUCGACGCCCGAGUACGCGACCUUCAGCACACCAGUGGCGCGAGGGGGUAGCAACCAGGGCAUGGACAUUUACAGCUACGCGUGCCUAUAA